UAGUUUUGUUGACACAGCAUGGAAAGAAUAUAGAGAUCUUCAACUUAGAGGAUGCUCAGACGAAAAAAUUGUCUAUGUUAAAGCUGAAAACCUCUACAAGGCCAUUCUGAAGUACAUCCAGCUGAUAGAUGAUCAUGGAGGGGAUCUAAAGUUACUCAUCCAUGAGAUGAAUAGCAUUUCUGACAACCUGAACAGGUAUUCAAAGAACACAAAGAUAGCUGGUAUCACUGGAGGUGCAUCAACAGCAGCAGGAGGGGUCGCAGCGGCUGCUGGGGUGAUUCUGGCCCCUUUCACGGGAGGAGCCUCUUUGGCCCUUACGGUGGUUGGUGCUGGCGUCGCUGCAGCCGGCGGUGUCACAGGUGCAUCAGCAGCUAUUGCGAACAAGGCAAACUUAAACCAAGACAAGAAGAAAAUUGAAAAGGUAUUAAAUGAUUUUAGUGUCAAGUAUGAGGAGAUUAUCAUCUGUCUGAGGUUCAUCAAUGAAGGCAUGGACCUGCUGAAGCGACACGGUGUGGUUUGUCUCAAUCAAACCAUGAUGGAAUCAAAGAAUGCAGCCUGCGCGGUGAAGCUGACUACAGGAAAUGCUAGUGCCAUGGCGUCGGAGAAGAGCAGCAACGCUUUUGGAACAUUGAAAGGCUUUACAGUUGCCAUGGAUUUCUAUUUCACCCAAGACAAAGAUGGACCGAAGGUGAAGAAAGGUCUCCAGUCAAAGCUGGCUAAUAAGAUCCACAAACUAGCUGAAGACCUUAACAGUGGAGUGGAUGAGCUACUGGAAAUAAAUGAAGUCUUUAAUAGGGAAUUGUAAUAACGAUCAUUCUUGACCUAUUAAAGUAAAUUUAAUAAAGGCUGAGGUUUAACAUAUAUAAUUUUUAAUCAGGAUAGAUAAAGAUUAUGAAAAUCACAUUACUGAGCCUUUAUUUACUUUACUGACUCCUGAUUUAAUUCUGAGUGUGAAUAAUGCUCGUUGUAGUAACCAGGAGAAAGGAUUUUCACCAACAAAAUCUGUUUUUAUUCAAGCACUUUCAAAAUACCCUUGAUGGAUACUUUAGAAAGCCAAAUGUCAGACUAUUUUAUGAAUAAGCCUAUCUUAACUGAUCUGAUCCAAGAGGGCAGUGAUACAAUUGAAAUAAACAAAUUAACCAUUUUGAGAGAUAUGUGAUGUACUAAUAGUACUAAUGGCAAUAUUCAAUUGCAAAAUAAACAAUGAAACCUUGAAUAACCAA